CAACAGACACUCAACCGAUAUAAUCAAGAAAGAAAAAGAAAAGAAAAUGUCCGCCCUCAAAUCAACCGCCAUUGGCUGGCUUCUGGUUUCUAUAGGCCAUACUAUCUCAGCAAAAGACUGGCAAUCCACCCCCAAAUUCACCACCCUGCCCAACCUAGCCUCAACAUGCGCCAAAGCAGGCUGGUACCAAGGGAGUGGGUUUUUCGUCAUGAACGCCCUCCUCAACUACGCCUGGUCCCAAAACCCCUCCCUCCUGCAGCAGCCCAUCCACAAGGCCAUUGCAGCCGUCAUGGUGGCCAUCGUGUGGGUGAGUGCGGUGUGGUAUGCGAAGCGCGGGGUGGGGAGUAAUGCUGUUGCGACUGCGUUGAUUGGGGGGUUGCAGGGGUAUGCUGCUUUUGUUUAACUUUUGCUUCCUUCUUUGCCUGUUCUCUUGGUACUUUGUAC